AUUAAAACUAUAAAGUCGUCCAUUCUUUCUUACAAUAUUCACUUUCAAAAUGAAAAGCUACUGGUUAAUUGUAUGGUUUGUGUUUCUAUUAACUCCUGCUCUCUCAUCAGGAGAAACCCAGAAUUCCCGACUGACUGGAUAUGUCAUCACGUCACUCAGUCCCAUUGGAUUCCGCGGUUGUUCUAAGGAAUGUAAUUCUUACUCAGAUUGUAAAUCAUUUAAUUUCAACCGAGUCCAUUUAUUCUGUGAAUUAUCUUAUAAAUCACGUGGUGAGUCUGAGUCAAAUUUAGUGGAGGAUAAAGGUUUUGUUUAUGUGGAAAAAACGGAGCAACAGGAAAAUUCGUCUGCAUGCAAGGGCAGUGGAAGAAGAUGUAUAUCCCUCCACAACAACGAUCGCUCUAAACCCAGUAUCAAAGUCAACGACAACCAUAACCAAACAUCAAUUGUUUCCAAUUGCGUGAACAUGGAAAAAAGAAAUGCAUCUUCUGGUUUAAAUUCUACACUUGUUGGUUCCACAAUAGUCUUGCAGGAGGAAGACGGCAAUGAAAAUGACUUUAGCAACUAUUCAAUUUUAAUGUGA